AUGUCCCUCACCUCCACCUCCUACACCUCCCUCGAAGACCUUACCACGGCCAAGAUCGCGCGAUCAAGGCCAAAAACCUCGCAUGGUCGAAGCUACAUAGCCGGUGGCUACUACUUCUACGACGACUACAGAAACCUUACCUACUUUAUCAGAGAAGGCGUAGUACCAUACAGUGAACGGAACGAAUCAGAAGGUCGUGUGCCGAGGACCAUGAAUCCCAUUAGCUACGACGGUCCUUCAGUCUUCUACGCUUACUUUGAUCAGAAAAUGAACUCGAUCUUCGCCAUUAACUACGUUGAUCAGAUCAAAAGUGAGAUAUAUGUUGGGUAUAGGCCAGAUGCGUUUGAGUUUAAACAAAGAAUCAAGCCUUAUCAACCGGUAAAUUUGGAAGAUUUGAGGAAGAAGGAAAAUGAAAAACGGAAAUGUAUGUCUAUGCCACAGUUAUGUGGGGAUAUGAAGGAGAAUUGUAAGUUUACUUUGUAGAAGUUGUCAAAAAUGAGGGUGAUGAUUUAAAAUAGCAUUUUUAUCAAAAAAAAUGGCAUUCUUUACCGAAAAAUGCGAUGUUCUACCACAACAAGGCCGGAAAAAACACUUUUUUUAAAUGAUAUCUAGUUCAUUUUUACGUCAUAUAGCUUUUACUGUACCUUAAAACAUAGUAAAACACCCUCAAACUUCAAAAACACUUUUUACCCCGCCCCAACUUUCAGUUAUGCCCCGCCAAAAGAAGUACUCAGUAGUCGAAAACGUUAAAAUCCAAACCAACCCAGCUAAUUUUGUAAUUCGACGAAAGAUAUCAACCCCCUCUUCAACAUCUACAGUACUCACCACACCUUCAAACACGUCUACAGCCCGUAGUACGGUGUCAACCACCUCUGUGCAAUAUAAAACCGAUCUUAGUGUUGGUUCAUCACACUUGAACCCGCUUUACACUAUACAACGCCAGUUCGACGAACAUUCCGUGGAAACGAACGAAACCGGCUACGAAAGCGAGGAUUCUGAAGGUAAGGGUUGGUAAUCUGAGUAGAUAAUCUUAUGACGGUAUUCCUGUCUCUUUGGCUUUAUAUUAUAUUAGGUUGUUCAACUAAUUCUGGGCCCCUGUCAAAGCCGAUUUGCUUGGUUAAGGGGCGCAGAACUAUUUGAACAACUUAAUAUUAAACUUCUAUUUAGCAUCCCUUUCUUUUGUACACCCAUAUAGUGACUAUACUUUACAAUACCAGCCUUACCUCAACUCUUUUCAGUAGCCAGAUCUCGCCGCACUCCCGACCUCCUAGGCUCAGAAUCCCCAAAACGUGCCCCAACGUUCCGCCAAAUCUACGUUCCGCAGAAAGUGUCCAUGCCCUCGAAUCACCCCAAAUCAAAGUCCGAGGAGCUGUAUUCAACUUUAGAAUCGAUCAGUGAAGAUCCGGCGGACGAUGACAAAGGUAGUGCCACUCGCUUAACAGUACCAGUCCGAUCGCUUCGGUGGCUCAAGUUUAUUUCGAAUUAA